GUACAGUGCAGAGCAGAUCUACAAAAAUGCGCAACUGAUGCUGAUAUUGGCACCUCUAACAUCAAAGAGGCGUGGAAAGUAAACUGAGCAGGCGUGUGAUUGAGCUCACACGGAAGCAAAGUAAUAAACGGCGUCUGGGUGGGUUCAUAACGAACAUAACAAAUAAAAGCUCAGAACCAUGUCAGGGUUUUUGGACAGCAUCCGGUGCGGAGAAUGCGAGUGCAAUGUGGACUGGGGAGAGAGGAGAAACACCAUUGCAUCUAUAGCUGCUGGAGUCCUGUUUUUCACUGGUUGGUGGAUAAUCAUUGAUGCAGCUGUGAACUAUCCAGAUGAGGCAACUUUCCAUCAUGCCUAUCACACCUGUGGUGUCAUCGCUACUGUGGCCUUUCUCAUGAUCAAUGCUGUCUCGAAUGGCCAAGUGAGAGGGGACAGCUACAGUGAAGGUUGCAUUGGACAGACAGGAGCUCGUGUGUGGCUCUUCAUUGGCUUCAUGCUGGCGUUUGGAUCUCUUAUUGCUUCCAUGUGGAUCCUGUUCGGAGGCUUCGUAGUGCCUAAGAAACCUGUUGUGUAUCCUGGUAUUGCAGUUUUCUUUCAAAAUGCAUUCAUUUUCUUUGGGGGCUUGGUGUUUAAAUUUGGACGCACUGAAGACUUGUGGCAAUAAUGAUCUGUUCUCUUUUUCUGAGACCGUCUACGCUUUAUUCAAUCAAAACACCUACUUUCUGUUUUUCAAGUGAUACAAAGUAUUAAUGUUGUAUGAUAACCUUUUUUUAGCUUUUAGAUUAACGUGUUUAAUUUAUUAGUAAAUUGGUUGUUGUACAAAUGUACUUUUUACAAUAUAAAAAGCACAAUUUGCAAUUUAUCGUCUCUUAAUGAAUUGUUAUUUUCUUUUCACUCAAAGUAUGGAGCUAUUCUGUUACAAUUUACCAUCUUACAUUAUUUAUAAUGGAGACCUUAAACAGAUUAUUUACAAUACCCAUUUGUGCACUCUAAUGAUAUUUUGCUCCAUUUGAUGAGGAAAUGUUCAUUAUUAAGGUACAAACAAACAUCUGAGGGGAAAAGACAGGACAUGUAUAUAUAUCUCUCUGAGUGUUAAUGUUGUAAGUAAACUUACAUUUACUGAAAAUAAUUUAACCUUGAAUGUGGGCAAACAAGUUUUACAAUAACUUGUCUAGAUGUGGAGUCUCUAAUUGAGUAGUUAUCCUGAAUCAUCAUUUGAAGGUUCUUAAAUCAAGCUGUAGUUUUAUUGUGGUUUGAUUCUUCAUGGUUUCAAUGCGUCUCUAUUCUUUGACUAUGUAUUUGACUGUAAAGCUUAUACAUUUACAGUACUUGUAUAAUAACCUAACCAUGGUCACUUUUCUGAUCCUGAAAAACCACGGCAGCAUUAAACACAAAAUGUACAACAU